AAGAUAAGAGUUCUAUUCAGUUGGAGCGAAAGGGCAAUCUCCCAUGCCAAGUCCUUAACUUAUUGAGAAGCUUCGAGGGAGGUUCCUUCUAUUGGAAAAUCACAGCCAUCACUUCUCCUUCUUCAUCAUCAUCAUCAUCAUCAUCUUCUUCUUCUUCUUUUUCUUGCUUUUGCUUUUUCUCUCUGAAUACAAUAUUUCAUCUUCAUCACAAAUUCACCCAUUUCAAGGUCAACAUCGAGAAGAACUUGCACCAUUUGAAACGUCUAUGCUGGGUUUCUUUGUCUUGUCUGCUCUUCUAUAUUUGUGUGUUGGAGUCAGAACGGUCAAAGGAGAUAACAUCGACCAUCAUUCUAAUGAGAGCUACCUAUCUGCUUCUUCUUGGUCUUUCAGAUUUGCUUAAUCAUCUCUAACCCUAGAAAUUUAUUACUAUUUUUUUUUUCUUCUUUUUGUUUUUAUCUAAGCACUCUCCCAGUUCUUUCCUUCUAUGGAACUAUUUCUCCUUUGAUUUUUCUUCUUUUUCUUCUUCUCUGUCUCUUCUCCUCCUCAUCAAAACUCGAACCUUUUAGAUCCACCCCACAAAACAUGGAUUUUGGAUCGGGUUUUAGCGAAGAAGAUCAGAUGAGUAAAGGUAAGAUUCCUUUCUCCUACUCAUCUUCCUCUUCUCCAUCAUCUUCUUCCUCCCAGCACAAGGGCAAUCUGCUCCCUUUAUCCCAAAUAUAUGACAAUCCGAAACCUCAAAUGGGCUCUUGGUUAGGCAGCAAAUAUGACCCUGUACAGGAAGAUACAUCCAGGUUUAAUGACAGCGGAGCUGCAGUCAAGCUUGAGCUUAUGGAUGUCAACGAUGAGCAGAAACAAGGUAUUCAAGAAGAAUCUGCUUCUGUUGCUGUCAUAGAGAAGGAGCACAUGUUUGAUAAGGUAGUCACACCAAGCGAUGUGGGCAAGCUAAAUCGACUUGUGAUCCCAAAGCAGCACGCAGAAAAGUACUUCCCAUUAGAUUCAUCAACAAACGAUAAGGGCCUUCUUUUGAAUUUCGAGGAUAGGACUGGGAAAGCUUGGAGAUUCCGCUACUCCUACUGGAAUAGCAGCCAGAGCUAUGUCAUGACCAAGGGUUGGAGCCGUUUUGUAAAGGAUAAGAAACUCGACGCUGGUGAUAUUGUGUCGUUUCAUCGAGGGGUGGGUGAGACGGGCAAGGAUCAUUUGUACAUUGACUGGAGGCGCCGCCCUGAUGCACCAGACACCACCUCUCACAACCCCCAGCACCGUCAUCAGCAGCAUCAUCACUUCUCAUCCAUCCCUUGGAGUCCCCUACUGAUGCGGCCGCCAAUGGUGCCGAUGAUGCGCAGGGACCACCUCCACUUCUCGAAUCCCGACAGGAACGCGUAUUACAAUAGCGGUGGUGGCGGUGGAUCUUAUUAUGGUUACGGUUAUAAUAGCUGCAAUUACAGCAAUAUGAACGCAAACCACUGUCCACCUUCAGGGACAAUAAUUUACAGGAGAUCGACAGCCCCACAACAACUUGGAAUGGGGAUGGUGCAAUGGCAGCAACAAGGAGUUGGUGGGGUGGUGGAGCCAAUGGUGUAUGAGUCGGUUCCGGUGGUCCAAGGAAAAGCAGCAGCAAAGAGACUGAGGCUGUUUGGGGUGAACAUGGAUUGCCCCAUCACGGAUUCUGAAGAAUGUGACGAAUUGUCCUCAGCGACAGCAAUACCUCCUCCUCAUCAUGCUACUACGGCAUUGCAGGCUCCUCAAAUUUCUUCAUCUUCCCAUCAUGCUCUACAAUUAAGACUCUACAAUGGCACGCCACUUCCACCCAUAACUUCUUCCACUCAGUUUUUCCACAAAGGGAAGUCAUCCACGUCCCUAGAUUUGGAUAUUUGAUUUGGUUUUUGGCCCCAAUACCCAUUAUCAACAAAGCAGACAGCUAAUUGAUCAACCCCUUCUGCCUUUUCUCUUUCUUUUUUCCUUUUUCUUAUUCCUCGAAAGAUUAUUUCUCUUAUGCUCACCCCAGACUGGAGCUGAAAAUGCUGCUUCAUCAAAGUCAUUACUUGCUGAAUAAUGAAGGACAAGAGAAGAUCGUAUUAUGCUUGAAUUAAUGUGAUUGCUCUCACACUAGUACACAACACCACAAUUAAAAAGAUGGGGUUGAAGUUUUCAACUUUGGAGUUCUCAAUGGGCGAAAAGACCUUCCAUGUUGAGAGCUCAGGCCAAAUAUUUUUUUUUUCUUUUCCUUCCUUCUCAAAUUGUAUAAAUGUUUAUGUAUAAUACAUUAUAUAAAUAGAUAGUUAUAUCAGAAAUGGAUCCAUGUCGUUCAAGAUUUUCA